AUGGCGAAUAGACGACACAAAGGAAUCAGAAUAAGUAUCGAUAGGGGUGGAACAUUUACUGACUGUUAUGGAAGCAUUCCCGUUCCCGUUUCUGAACAAUAUCCAAAUGGAAGGCGUGAGGUUGUUAUAAAGUUGUUGAGUGUAGACCCUCAGAAUUACCCCGACGCGCCACGGGAAGGUAUCAGAAGAAUAUUGGAACAUGUAACAGGGAAACCUCACCCCAGAAACCAACCCGUUGAUACUUCACAAAUAGAAUCUAUUCGUAUGGGUACUACAGUUGCCACUAAUGCGCUUUUAGAAAGAAAAGGCGAACCUUGUGCUCUUUUGAUCACUAAAGGAAACCAAUCGCGUCCAAAAAUUUUCGAUCUUUCAAUCCGAAAACUUGAAGUUUUAUAUCAUAAGGUUAUUGAGGUCGACGAACGCGUCGUAUUGAUUGGAGAUGCUUCACAUCCUUCAAAUGAAUUCCAUAAUCACAAUUCCUUGGGAAUUCUGCGGGGUAUUUCGGGCGAAUAUGUUAGCAUUAUUAAAAAACCAGAUUUGGACGUCAUCAGACGUGACUUAGAAACUCUGUAUGCAGAAGGAAUUAGAAGUGUUGCAAUAUGUUUAAUGCACUCUUAUACUUAUUCAGAACAUGAACGGUUGAUUGGGCAAGUCGCGUCUGAAAUUGGUUUCACUCAUGUAUCACUCUCUUCCACCAUAAUGCCAAUGAUUAAAAUAGUCCCACGUGGAACCUCGUCAACCGCAGACGCAUAUUUGACUCCUUGUAUCAAAAAAUAUAUUGAGGGUUUUAUCUCAGGUUUUGACGAGAAUUUAUUCGAAAACGCGAGAUUAGAGUUUAUGCAAAGCGAUGGUGGUCUCGUGCCGGUUAAUAAAUUUUCAGGGUUUAGAGCAAUAUUAUCGGGUCCGGCUGGUGGGGUUGUAGGUUAUGGUUUGACCUCUUUUUCCCACGAAGAAAAAAUUCCGGUAAUUGAUGUAUCACGCUAUGAUGGACGUUUUGAACAUGUAUUUGAAACCACAACAGCUGGUGUGACUAUUCAAGCGCCGCAAUUAGAUAUAAACACAGUAGCUGCUGGAGGUGGGUCACGCUUAUUUUUCCGUAACGGAAUGUUUGUAGUUGGACCAGAGAGUGCGGGUGCUCACCCCGGGCCUGCUUGCUACAGAAAAAAUGGUCCUCUUACUGUUACCGACGCCAACCUCAUUCUUGGCCGACUGAUACCUGAAUAUUUUCCAAAGAUUUUUGGGCCGAAUGAGGAUUUGCCUCUGGAUAUUGAGAUUACUCGACUACGUUUUGAAGAAUUAGCUAAAGAAAUCAACGCUUUUGUUGUCGCAAAUGAAAAAAUGUGUCGCCCUAUACGUAGUUUAACAGAGGCCAAAGGAUACGAUACUUCGAAACAUAUUCUUGCAUGUUUUGGUGGUGCCGGUGGUCAGCAUGCAUGUGCAAUUGCGCAUAAUCUUGGCAUCAAAAAGAUUUUAAUUCAUCGUCAUAGCUCCAUAUUAUCAGCAUAUGGACUCUCCUUAGCAGAUGUAGUCCAUGAAACUCAGGAGCCCUGUGCAGAAAUUUUCUCCAAUGAAUCUCUUCCAUCACUUCAGAAAAAAAUAGGCAUAUUGACGGAUAGUUGCUUUAAAGAACUGAAGUCUCAAGGUUUCGACGAUUCUCAAAUACUCUUCGAGACUUAUUUGAAUUUACGAUAUCAAGGCACUGAUUUCGGGCUCAUGACUUUAAAACCGUCAAAUUCAUGGGAGUUUGAUAAAGAAUUCGCUGAGCAAUAUAAACAGGAAUUUGGUUUUAAUUUCCCUGACCGAGAGAUUCUUGUGGAUGAUAUUAGAAUUCGUGGUAUUGGCAGAAGUUUUGAAACUGCAAAUGAAAAUGUUUUUGAGGAAUCUCAAAAAAGACAUUUGCCUAAUAAGCCACAAUCUAGUGGGACAUAUUCGAUUUAUUUUGAGGGAGGAAGGGUCGAAACUCCCGUUUAUCUAUUAGAAAAUCUUGAAAUUGAUGAUAAGAUUUUUGGUCCGGCAAUGAUUAUUGAUGCUAAUUCCACGAUUCUUGUCACUCCUCAAUGUAAUGCACUGAUAACCUCCUCACAUAUCGUGAUAACGGUUGGAGAUGGGACGAGGUCAAAGGUGACCACUGAAUUAGACCCAAUUCAACUUUCCAUUUUUGGACAUAGAUUUAUGAGCAUUGCUGAGCAAAUGGGGCGAACUUUGCAAAAAACAGCUGUCUCUACAAACAUAAAGGAGCGUCUAGAUUUUUCUUGUGCACUAUUUGGGCCCGAUGGAGGACUAGUGGCUAAUGCUCCUCAUAUACCAGUACAUUUGGGCAGUCUAAGUUAUGCUGUUAAAUUUCAAAUGGAAUAUUAUAAAGAUGAUUUAGAAGACGGCGAUGUUAUUCUAACCAAUCAUCCUCAAGCUGGCGGAUCACAUUUGCCAGAUAUUUCGGUGAUAACGCCAGUAUUUAAUGAAGGAAAAAUUGUAUUUUUUGUUGCGUCUCGAGGACAUCAUGCUGAUAUUGGUGGAAUUUUGCCUGGUUCGAUGCCCCCUCAUUCUAAAGAGCUAUAUCAAGAAGGUGCAGCUGUCAAAUCCUUUAAGCUGGUCUCAAAGGGUAAAUUUGACAUUGAUGGACUGACUGACAUCCUAUUGCGUCAGCCCGCAAAAUAUCCCGGAUGUAGUGGGACGCGAUGUCUACGUGAUAAUGUUUCUGAUCUAAAAGCACAAGUAGCCGCCAAUCAUAAAGGCAUCCUGCUUGUUAAAGCAUUAAUUCAAGAAUGUGGGUUAGAUGUGGUGCAAGCUUAUAUGAUGUAUAUUCGCAAGAAUGCCGAAUUAUCCGUACGCGAAUUACUUAAAACUGUUCACCGACGUAUGGAUGGCAAAAAAUUGGAAGCUGUUGAUUAUAUGGAUGAUGGCAGCCCUAUUCGACUUCAAAUUAAUAUUAACGAAAAAGAAGGAACUGCAAUAUUUGAUUUUCAUGGAACAGGCGCAGAAGUUUAUGGCAAUACCAACGCCCCUCCUUCGGUGACCUAUAGCGCCAUUAUUUAUUGCCUACGUUGUCUCAUCGCUGAAGAAAUUCCAUUAAACCAAGGUUGUUUGUCGCCCAUUGACGUACGAAUCCCACCUAAGUCAUUUCUCAAUCCAUCUGAUAAAGCUGCAGUAGUAGGUGGCAAUGUGCUGACUUCACAACGGCUUGUAGACGUAAUUUUAAAAGCAUUUGAUGCAUGUGCCGCUAGCCAAGGGGAUUGUAAUAAUUUAACAUUUGGCAAAGGCGGAAAAUCGGAAGAUGGAAAAAAAGUUGUGGAAGGUUGGGGUUACUACGAAACGAUUGCUGGAGGAAGUGGAGCCGGUUCUAAUUGGGAUGGCCAAAGUGGUGUUCAUACUCACAUGACAAACACUCGAAUAACCGAUCCUGAAAUUUUGGAGCGGAGAUAUGAUCAUGCAAUAAUUCUUCGUGAAUUUUCUUUGCGUAAAGGUUCGGGAGGUGCGGGUCUACAUCGAGGUGGAGAUGGCGUCAUUCGUGACCUUGAAUUCCGUGAACCACUUAAAGUUAGCAUAUUAUCUGAGAGGAGAGUAUUUCAUCCGUAUGGCUUAAAGGGUGGCAAAGAUGGCGCAUGUGGCUUAAAUAUUUGGAUUCGAAAAGGCGAGAAUGGCGAUGAACGCGUCCUUAAUUUAGGUGGAAAAAAUUCCGUCGAAGUUAAUCCCGGAGAUAGGAUUAUAAUUUGUACUCCUGGUGGUGGUGGAUGGGGACCUCCUUCCUCAGAUACUAAAGACAUGGAUAUAGUAGAAUAA